CAGCAGGAACGUCCUGGCGUGGAGGGGCGCCGUUUCCCAGCAAAACGAGGUCCUGAACGUCUUUGUGCGACACUAACUGCAAACCUAGAUCGGGAUUUACCUGCACUUUUCUAUCAGAAACCACCCAGGAGCAAACACAGCUUUUUUACUUUCUAAUUUUUCUCUGUUAGUAUCUUUUUUCUUCAGACAUGCUCCUCAAUAGAGCCGUUCUUCUAUUUAUCUUAAUGUCCCUCCUUGUUCCAGUUGGAGCAGACACAGAGUACGACAGCUACAACCAGUCGGCAGAAGAUGAAUCUCCACAGCUCGACUACACAUACCCUUACUGGUGUCAUUCCGUGAGCCUGACCAACGGCGAGGUGACCUGCCAUUCUCCUAGAGGUGGGGGCUACCGGGGCACCCUGGGGAGCCGCUGUAAAAUGACCUGCGAUCGAGGGUACAGGCUGAUAGGAAGAAGCUCGAUCCAGUGCUUGGCCACCCGCCGCUGGUCUGGGACCGCCUACUGUCGCAAGAUCCGCUGCCAUGUGCUGCCCCUCAUUCCUCACGGUAGAUACACCUGCAGUCAAGGCUUCUACGUGGACUCCAGGUGUGACUUCACCUGCAGGUUAGGCUACCGCAUUGAGGGGGAGCACUCCCGCACCUGCCUUCCCUCAGGAGCAUGGAGUGGGGUGCAGCCGGUGUGUUCAGAUACAGACCCUCCAAAGAUUAAGUGUCCUCCAUCCAGGCUCAAGGUCGCCGACCCUGGAAAGCUCACCGCCAGAGUGACCUGGGACCCCCCCACUGCCACAGACACAGCCGACAAAUCCCUCAACAUAGUAUUGGUGGGCCAAAAUCCAGACACUGAUUUCCAAGAAGGAGCUCAUGUUAUCAGAUACAAAGUGUACGAUCAAGCCAGGAACAGAGCUGCCUGCAAGUUUAUCGUACGUGUCGAGGUGAGGAGGUGUCCAGACCUACCCUCACCUCUGCACGGUUACUUGAGCUGCACCUCUGUGAAGAAUAACUAUGGUGCAACCUGUGAAUACCACUGUGACGGAGGAUACGAGCGCAAGGGGGUGUCCUCCCGUGUCUGCCAGUUCAAUCGCAGCUGGAGCGGGGGUGCUGCUGAGUGCACCCCCAUGGAGUUGAAGUCGGAUGUAAAUACAAGUUCUGCGCUCCUGGAUCAGUUCUAUGAAAAGAGGCGACUGCUGAUUGUAUCUGCACCCAACAUUUCUGAUCCCGACUACCAGCUGCAGAACCUCAUGAUUCAAAAAUCUGAUUGUGGGUUAGACCUGCGACAUGUAACAGUCAUCGAGCUCCUGGGUUCUCCGCCUCAGGGGACGGGCCGCAUCAAAGAGAAUCUGCUUCAGUCUGAUGUCAUCGAGGGUCUGAGGCAAGCCUUCAGAAUCUCCAGAACCUACUUCAGCAUGGUGCUGCUGGAUGAGCGGGGGCUGGACCGUGAACGCUUCAUUACUCCCGUAUCUCAGGAGGAGCUGUUCUCCUACAUAGACAGCUUCCUGCUGGAUGAGGAGGAACGCGAGAGGCUGGACCUCCACAGAGACUUCUGUGACUAAAUUCAGAGUUCUCAGGCUGAGGAGGAGGACUGACAACCAAAACCCAGAUCCAAAGAUAGAUUUGUAAAAAAUAUUUAAAGAAUAAACGGGCUUUUCUGAUUCAAUGUGAUCACAAAACACAGAAGAGCAAAUACUGAGGGAGAUUCAUAUGAAGAAAACGAUUAAAAUAUGCUGAGAUAUUGGA